CAAAUUUUGGUGCAAACAAUUCCUAAGGGUUCUUACCAAACGAUUCCUAAGGGUUCCCGUAGGAGAUUUCUUGCUUCAAUGGAGUCGUGGGUUUGACUUUCUUACUCCGAUUUGGAUAUGUUAUGCUGAACAGCUUGCUUCGUGUGUGAGGUGCAGCGGAAGAGAUGCCGGAUGAGGGAUAGAUUCUUGUGGUUUUGAUUAUUCAAAUUCGUCUUCUUCUGCUUUCGAUUCGGUUUACACCAUCGAUCCAUAUGAUACAAUCUAAUAUCUUCUCGGUUUCUUGAAACGAAAGAUCUUCUUCGCCACGUUCCAAAUAUUCAACUCACAUCUGCGUUUCCCUUCCGCUGUCUUCGUCGUGGUCGAGGAGGAGGAGGAUGCGGAAAGAAAGCAACCUCCUCCAUCCCCACUUUCUCUAACUAGAAACCCAUCUCCGUUUCUCUCUCUCUGAGCCCUCCAUGGAGCCGGACAUCCAGCAGCAGAACCCGAAACCUUCGCCGGAGAAGGCCCCUCAUGAUCCGGACGCCGCCGCGGGCCUCCCCGUCGUUGCCGGGCCGCCGGCGGCGGCCAGGGGGGGCACCGCGAAGAAGCUGACCCUCAUCCCCCUCAUCUUCCUCAUCUACUUCGAGGUCGCGGGCGGCCCGUACGGCGAGGAGCCGGCGGUCAAGGCGGCCGGGCCGCUGCUGGCCCUCGUCGGGUUCCUGGUCUUCCCGUUCAUCUGGAGCAUCCCGGAGGCCCUCGUGACGGCCGAGCUCUCCACGGCGCUGCCGGGCAACGGGGGGUUCGUGCUGUGGGCCGAGCGGGCGUUCGGUCCCCUCUGCGGCUCCCUGAUGGGGACGUGGAAGUUCCUGAGCGGCGUCAUCAACGUGGCCUCCUUCCCGGUCCUCUGCAUCGACUACAUCGACAAGCUGUUCCCGGUCUUCGAAUCCGGGUGGCCGCGGAAGGUCGCGAUCCUGAUAUUUACAUUGAUGCUGUCCUUCCUGAAUUACACCGGCCUGACGAUCGUGGGCUACACCGCCGUUGUCUUGGGCAUCGUUUCUCUGAUGCCCUUCCUGGUCAUGUCUUCGAUCGCGAUCCCGAAGAUUCAGCCUCACAGGUGGCUUAGCUUGCGGCAAAAGGGGGUGAAGAAAGAUUGGAACUUGUACUUCAACACCCUCUUUUGGAACCUCAACUUUUGGGACAAUGUCAGCACCAUGGCGGGGGAAGUCGACAGGCCACAGAAGACCUUCCCUGUGGCCCUCCUUGUGGCCGUGAUCUUCACCUGCGUGGCCUACCUGAUCCCGCUCUUCGCCGUGACCGGCUCCGUCUUGGUAGACCAGAGCCAGUGGGAGACCGGGUUCAUGGCCGACGCGGCAGAGAUCAUCGCCGGGAAGUGGCUCAAGAUAUGGCUUGAGAUUGGGGCCGUACUGUCGACGAUUGGGCUCUUUGAGGCCCAGCUCAGCAGCAGUGCGUUCCAGCUCCUGGGCAUGGCGGAUUUGGGGAUCUUGCCGAGGGUCUUUGCGGUCCGGUCCAAAUGGUUCGACACCCCCUGGUUGGGGAUAGUGGUGUCCUCGGCCAUCUCCCUCGGGUUCUCCUACAUGAACUUCACCUCGAUCAUAUCAUCGGCCAACUUCCUGUACAGCCUGGGGAUGCUGCUAGAGUUUGCCUCCUUCCUAUGGCUGCGGAGGAAGAUGCCGGCGCUGAAAAGGCCGUACCGGGUCCCGCUUAGCCUGCCGUGGCUGGCGGUGCUGAGCCUGGUGCCGUGCGGGUUUUUGGUGGUGAUCAUGGUGUAUGCCACAAAGGUUGUGUACUUGGUUAGCGGGCUCAUGACUGUGGGUGGGAUUGGGUGGUUCUUCUUGAUGAGGUUCUGCGAGUCCAGGAAGAUACUCAAGUUCAGCAAGGGGGACAUUGGUGAGGUCCAUGAAGACGACUGAUAUAGUUGAGACAUGCCAUUUACAGUCAUAGAAGAAAUCUAGGCACAUUGAAAAGAUUUGUCUUAUUUAGCUGUUUCUCUCCUUCUUCCUAGACAUGUUUCGGACGGACCAUGCUGUAAAUUUGAUGGAUUUAUCUGGAAGCAAAUCAGGCUUUUGCCCUUUCAGGGAA